GCUGUUACGUCGACGUUAGUGGAACGCGCGUGAGUCAGCGGCGUCGGUGGAUCAGUUCGCGAAGGUCGAUCGCUGCCCGUUACGACGAACAUGAUGUCCCUAGCUGCCCGAUCGGGGGCCUUAUCCCCGUACCUGCAAGCUACAAAUUAUGCUGUGGCUGGUCCCCUGAAGCCUCUCAUACCCGGUGUCGUCAUGAAGACCGAUAAACUGUUGAUGGACACCAAGAAACCGUUCCUGUGCCGUGAGUCCUUAUCCGGUCAGAGCGCUAAGAGCGGCCUCGCCGUGUCCGUCAGCCUCAACGCUCGCGCUUCAGUGCGUUUCGCCCACACAGACAUCAAGAUCCCAGAUUUUUCUGACUACCGGCGGCCAGAGGUUUUAGACCCAAAGAAGUCUUCACAAGAGAGCGGCGAUACCCGGCGGGCAUUCUCCUAUCUGAUCACAGGUUCUACCGCUGUGGUUGGAGUCUAUGCAGCCAAGACCGUUGUCACACAGUUUGUCUCCUCCAUGAGCGCCUCAGCUGAUGUGUUGGCCCUGUCCAAGAUUGAAAUCAAGCUAUCAGACAUCCCUGAGGGUAAGAACAUGACCUUUAAAUGGAGAGGGAAACCCCUGUUUGUCCGACACAGAACAGAAAAGGAGAUUGCAACUGAGGCUGAUGUCAAUCUCACUGAGCUUCGGGACCCCCAGCACGACAAAGACCGCGUUCAGAACCCAACCUGGGUUAUUGUCAUUGGCGUGUGCACCCACCUGGGCUGCGUGCCCAUUGCUAACGCUGGUGACUAUGGUGGCUAUUACUGCCCAUGCCACGGCUCUCAUUACGAUGCAUCUGGUCGCAUUAGGAAAGGCCCUGCUCCGCUCAAUCUGGAGGUGCCCUACUAUGAGUUCCAAGACGAUGACACCGUGAUUGUAGGAUAAAGGACUGUACUCUUAAAAACUGUGAUCAACACUGAGCUUGUGCUUCAUGUGCUGUUUUGAUUUUUGUCCAUCUUGUUUCAGACUAAUAAUCUGCAUUUUCUUGAUUCGUAACAGGUUAAUUGUAAGUAAUAAAAGUGUAUUUUAUCUGAUGGAAACCUUACGCACAUCUAUGUGUUUCUUACAUAAUCACAUGGGUUGUUAAAUUGUAUGCACAUUCUGCAUUGGUUUACUGAUAAUGAACAAAUUAGAUCUCUACUUUGCUAUAGCACAUAAGUGUUUAACUAAUAAAGGCAAAGUGUACAUUUGAACAGCAGAAAGUCAGGUAGGUGAUGUUUGCAGGGUGUAAGUGAACAAAACUGUGCACAUGACCAUACACAAGCAAUGACAUUGCUUCUGCACUCUUGUUUUGUAAUAGUGUUAAAGGUGACCACUGUCUAAAUGUUGUUAGGUUUCAGUGGAAUCUGAUAAGAACAGUGAAUGUGAAAUACGGACAUAUUAAAAAUGCUCUAUUCCUAAUGAUCUGUGUGUAAACAAAACUAAAAAUGUGCUUACGGAGUUGUGAAUUGAAUAAAACCUAAAUGAAUACAAGAAAA